GCGCGGGACUCGAGCAGGAUGUUGGACACUUUGCUGCUGCUGCUGCAGAAAACUUUGCUGCUCGCGCACUGGGACCUUUCCGGCGUCGUGGUCUCGAGAGCCGAUAAGCCGAGGCGCGCGGACAGGACGGAGCGCGCGGGAGCGGAAGUCACGGCGCAGCUCGAGCGCGGAGAUCUGCUCCAAGUUCCCCGCACGCUGUUCGUGCACUUCGGGAUCUACUUGGGCGACGGGAAGGUGGCGCACCUCAUCCCGGACAUCCUUCCGCUUUUCACGCGCGAUGAGCUCCGCGUCCGCGCCGUCGUGAGCAACAAGCGGCUGCUGCUGGGAGUGCUGUGCCGCAGAGCCGCCGUGCGCGUGGACACGCUCGAGGACUUCGUGUACGGGGCGCGCGUGCUGCUCAUCAACGCCAUGGACGGUGCGCUCGGCGUGCAGCCCGCGCCUAACGAGGAGGUCGCGCGCACGGCGGAAAGACUGAUCGGUGCUGUUCGCUACAGCCUCCUGUGGAACAACUGUGAGCACUUCGUCACGUUCUGCAGAUACGGUACCGGGAUCAGCCUGCAGACCCACAAGUUUUGUGAGUGCCUGAAAUCUGCUAUCCAGGACCAGAGGAGUGUCCUGGUCACGACAGUCAUUGGGAUAUUUUCCAUAUUGAUCCUGGGAUUAUCCCUCUCCACAGCACUUCCCAUCCUUCUCAUUUCCUUCAUCCUCUGGAUGGCUGGAUAA